AUGGCACCUGCAGCUGCUUCUUUCAAUGAAACUUCGAAGACGGUUUGUGUAAUGGAUGCUUCUGGGCGCUUAGGCUCCUCUCUUGUGCACAGGCUGUUGCACAGAGGUUACACUGUCCAUGCUGCUUUCCAAAACCAUGGUAAAUUAUUGCAAUCAUUUGAAGGACUAUCCUGCAAUAACAAGAAAUUGAAAGUUUUCCAUUCCGACCCUUUUGAUUACCACAGCAUAAUGGAUGCCUUGAAGGGAUGUUGUGGCUUGUUUUAUUCCUUUGAGCCCCCCUCGGAUCAACCCACCUAUGAUGAAUUCAUGGCAGAUGUAGAGGUGAGAGCAGCACACAACGUAUUGGAAGCAUGUGCACAAGCAAACACUAUAGACAAAGUUGUCUUCACAUCCUCUGCAACAACUGUUAUAUGGAGUGACGGACGCAGCAAGGCACCUGAUCUUGAUGAGAGAAAUUGGAGUGACAUAAAUUUCUGCAGAAAGUUUAAGCAGUUAUGGCAUGCACUGUCAAAGACACUGGCUGAGAAGACAGCAUGGGCCCUAGCAAUGGACAGAAGCAUCAACAUGGUGACAGUAAAUGGAGGGCUCUUGAUGAGUCCUGAUCUGACAAUAGCAAACCCUUAUUUAAAAGGAGCAGCUGAGAUGUAUGAAGAUGGAGCAUUUGUUACUGUGGACCUCAGGUUCAUAGUGGACGCACAUAUCCAUGUAUUUGAAGACAUUACAUCUUAUGGAAGAUAUGUCUGCUUCAACCGUGUCAUCAAUUGCAAUGAAGAUGCUGUUAAGCUCAGUAAUAUGCUAUUGCCACCCUCCGAAUCUUCAUUUCCUCAAAGUUUGGAAGCUACAAGAAUCCACCAACAAAGGAUAAGCAAUAAGAAGCUAAACAAGCUAAUGGUGGAUUUUGACAGUAAACUUCGAGUUGACUGA